AUGGCUGACAGUUCUGGAUCAGAGUCUCCUAUCAAGAAGGGACAAACUUUUGACGAGCAAGUUGUUGAGACUCACGAGUUGUCUGUUCAUGACUACAUUGCCGAAACGAGACCCUGGUACAAGGUGCCCCACUUGAGAUACUUGUCGUUUGCUAUUUUCUUGAUCACUAUCACUUCUACCAACAAUGGUUAUGAUGGAUCAAUGUUGAACGGUUUGCAAUCUUUAUCUCAUUGGCAGUCUGCUAUGGGCCAUCCACAGGGUCAGAAGCUUGGAGCUUUGAGUAACGGUACAUUAUUUGGUUCUAUCGCAGCUGUGCCUGUCGCUCCAUUCUUGACUGAUCGAUUCGGAAGAAGAUUUUCUCUUGUUUUCGGACAGUCACUUACUGUUCUCGGUGCUAUCUUGCAAGGAGUUUCCACUAACUAUGGUUUUUUCUUGGGAUCGAGACUUAUUAUUGGUUUUGGUUCUGCGGUUGCUACAGUUGGUUCCCCCACCUUGAUUUCUGAAUUGGCGUACCCAACGCAUAGAGAAGUUUCUACCUUCCUUUACAAUAUCUGCUGGUAUUUGGGUGCUAUUGUGGCUGCUUGGGUUACUUACGGAACUAGAACGAUCAAUGGAAAUGCCUCCUGGAAGGUUCCCUCUUUCUUGCAAGGUGCCUUGCCAGUAUUGCAGCUCGCAUUGUGUUGGAUUAUUCCUGAGUCCCCAAGAUUUUAUGUUUCCAAGGGCAAUAUUGAGAAAGCAAGACAGUUAUUGUCGAAGCACCAUAUCGGAGACUCUCAAGACCCCAGGGACAUUGCAUUAGUUGACUUUGAAUUACGUGAGAUUGAAAGUGCAUUAGAGCAAGAGAAAAUCAGCUCGAACACAUCUUACUUCGAUUUCAUUACCAAGAAAAACUUCAGAAAAAGAGGGUUUUUAGUGGUGAUGGUUGGCACCAUGAUGCAACUCUCUGGUAAUGGGUUGGUCUCGUACUACUUGGUCAAAGUUUUGAAUUCUAUUGGUAUCACUGAAGAAAAGAAGCAAUUACAGAUCAACGGAUGUUUGAUGAUUUAUAACUUUGUCAUUUGCCUCGCAUGUGCAUCAGUGGUUCGAUACUUCAAGAGAAGAACUAUGUUUAUCUCUUGUGUUGCAGGUAUGAUGUUGUCUUAUGUGAUAUGGACAAUUUUAUCUGCUCUCAAUCAGCAGAGAGAUUUUAAGGAUAAGUCUUUGGCCAACGGUGUCCUUACCAUGAUCUUCUUCUACUACUUGUUCUAUGAUAUCGGAUUGAACGGUUUACCACUUUUGUACAUCACCGAGAUUUUGCCUUACUCCCAUAGAGCAAAGGGUAUUAAUCUCAUGCAAUUCACCAUGAUGGUUGUUUUGGUCUACAACGGUUAUGUCAACCCAAUUGCCAUGGAUGCCAUUGAUUGGAAGUAUUAUAUUGUGUUCUGUUGUAUCCUUGCUGUCGAGCUUCUUAUUGUUAUAUUCACUUUCCCAGAGACGUCUGGUUACACUUUGGAGGAAGUGGCACAAGUUUUCGGCGAUGAGGCACCUGAACUUUCUAACAGACACCUUGAUACUAUUGGAACCAACAAGCAUUCCAUGGAGCACGUCGAGGAAGUUUGA